GUUUAACUCCUUUACGGCUGCUCACUGGCCCGCCCUGCUCUUCUGUCGAAGCAGCGAGCAUGGAAACAGCUGGUAAAGUAAUCAAGUGCAAGGCAGCUGUUGCCUGGGAACCUGGGAAGCCUCUUUCUAUUGAAGAGGUGGAGGUAGCCCCACCUAAGGCCCAUGAAGUUCGCAUUAAGAUCUUUGCUACAGGCGUGUGUCAUACAGAUGCCUACACUCUGAGUGGCAGUGACCCUGAGGGCCUUUUCCCUGUCAUCUUGGGACACGAGGGUGCUGGAAUAGUUGAAAGUGUUGGUGAAGGUGUUACCAAGUUCAAGCCAGGUGACACUGUCAUCCCGCUGUACGUGCCUCAGUGUGGUGAAUGCAAAUUCUGCAAAAAUCCCAAGACUAACCUUUGCCAGAAAAUUAGGGUAACCCAGGGUCAGGGUCUGCUUCCUGAUAAGACCUCACGCUUUACUUGCAAGGGAAAGCAAGUGUAUCACUUCAUGGGGACCAGUACUUUUUCUGAGUACACUGUAGUGGCUGACAUCUCUCUGGCCAAGGUCAAUGAGAAUGCUCCACUGGAUAAAGUGUGCCUUCUUGGAUGUGGCAUUUCUACAGGAUAUGGUGCUGCUCUUAACACUGCCAAGGUUGAAGCAGGUUCCACAUGUGCUGUGUUUGGCCUUGGAGCUGUGGGCUUGGCUGUUAUAAUGGGCUGCAAGGCUGCUGGAGCAACCAGGAUCAUCGGUGUGGACAUCAAUCCUGUGAAGUUUGACAAAGCUAAGGAGUUUGGAGCCACUGAGUUCAUAAACCCGAAGGACCACAGCAAGCCAAUCCAGGAGGUUGUGGUGGAGCUGACAGAUGGGGGUGUGGACUACUCAUUUGAGUGCAUUGGAAAUGUGCAAACUAUGAGAGCUGCUCUGGAGGCAUGCCACAAAGGUUGGGGUGAAAGUGUCAUCAUUGGUGUAGCUGGAGCUGGACAGGAAAUCUCCACCAGACCAUUCCAGCUGGUGACAGGACGCGUGUGGAGAGGCACGGCCUUUGGAGGCUGGAAGAGUGUGGAGAGCGUUCCUAAACUGGUGGAAGAUUACAUGAGUAAGAAGCUGAAGGUGGAUGAGUUUGUGACCCACACACUGCCCUUUGAGAAGAUCAAUGAGGGAUUUGACCUCAUGCACGCUGGAGAGAGUAUCCGCACAGUGCUGACUUUCUGAAGUGCCUGAAAUUAAAUCCUUCACAUCCAGCCUUUCAACAGUUUCCUGCCGCAGUUAAAGCACUUAUUUCUCAGCACUUGUUUUGAUAGCAUAACUUUGACAGAUGUUUUUGCUAACAGCAAGAUAUGUUUGAAGUAAUCAUUUCAAUAAAAACUUCUGUUUUUGUGUUUGA